AUGGAGUCUCGCUUAAAUGUGGGUGGAAUGACGUGUGCGGCUUGUUCAGGCUCUGUCACUGACGCGUUGGAGGCCAUCCUGGGUGUUCAGAGUGUCUCUGUUUCGCUACUUACAAAUGAAGCCAAGGUUGUUCAUGGUGAAGAUGUGGAUGGUGGAAAAUUGGUGCUGGCGAUUGAAGAUUGUGGAUUUGACGCUCUGGUGGCGUCGCUGGUGGCGGUGGCUCUGCCGUCGUCGAAAUCGGCAAGUACUACCAAGAUCAGUGUUGCUGGUAUGACUUGUGGGGCAUGCUCUCUGAGCGUUACGGAAGCGUUGGAGGGCGUGAAAGGCGUGGAAUCGGCUUCGGUCUCGUUGCUUACGAAUACUGCUUCGGUGAAACAUUCGCCUGGCGUGGGCGUGGAGGAGUUGCUAGGGGCUAUUGAGGAUUGUGGCUUCGAUGCUACUUUGGAGUCUUCAGGCACUGGUGCUUCUGCUGGCGCUGGGAACUUGCUUAAUACGACGUUUACAGUCACGGGAAUGACAUGUGGCGCUUGCCUGGCGCUGAUCACAGAGGCGCUUGAGAGUCUACCGGAUGUGGUGUCUGCGUCGGUGUCGAAUGUGACUGAUUCUGCGGUGGUGACACACUCUUCUGCUGUCACUGCUGAACAGUUGAAAACGGCCAUUGAAGAUUGUGGGUUUGAUGCUGUGGCAACGUCCACUUCGCUUAUUGGCGAGGAGGAAGAGAAUAUUGAAGAGCAUGCCAUUUUGCAGAUAUACGGCAUUGACGAGUCUACCGAUACCGCUUCGCUUCAGUAUAACGUUGAAGCUGUUCUUAACAGCUUGGCUGGAGUGACAAGCUUCCAAUUCAUCUUUAAAGGCCAGGUGGAAGAGUCUAGCGUGGACCAUGAAAACGAUACUGGCGGUCCUGAACACCUUAUAGACGAACUUCGGGUGACAUACACGGGUAAUGUCCUCGGCGUUCGUGCUCUUGUGGAUGCCCUUAAUAAUAUCGAUGAUCGCCUCCAGUUCGUUAUCCUUAAUUCUGUCGACCAGUCGCUUAACACAGAGUUGAAGCUUUUAUCGAGGUCUAAAGAGAUCAGCUAUUGGCGUUCCACUUUCUUCUGGUCGCUUGUGCUUGGUCUUCCCGUCAUUGUGCUUAAUUUCACACAAAACAUAUCCUUAUGGCGUAAACUUAUGGUGUUCAAUGGUCUUUAUGUGAUUUCUGUUAUUGAAUUGACACUCACGUCGGUCAUCUUGUUCACAUUGGGCGCACCAUUCUUCAAGAAAAUGGCUGGUUGUAUCCGCCGGAAAGGUAAAAACGCUAAUAUGGAUGUUUUGGUUUGCAUGUCUACUCUGAUGUCCUAUACAUUUUCUGUGUAUUCCAUCAUUUUGAGUGUCUGGACAGGCCAAACCGAAAAGCCACCAAAAGUCUUGUUUGAAACAAUUGCCAUGCUCAUUUCCUUUAUCUCAUUCGGUAAAUGGAUGGAGAACAAGGCUAAAGGUGCUACGUCAACGGCACUUUCGAAACUUGUUUCGCUUACACCAACCACCUGCUCGAUCGUCACCGAUCCCACAGCCUACCAGCAUCUUUUGCAGAAGGAUGGUAAUGAGAAGCAGGACGAGGGACUUGCCGACCUUAGCACUCGUGAAAUUGGGAUUGAUUUAUUACAGACCAAUGAUAUUGCUGUGGUGACCGCUGGCGGUAAGAUCCCCGCUGAUGGUGUGGUUGUUCACGGAUCGUCUGAAGUCGACGAGUCCAUCAUUACCGGUGAAUCUAUGCCUGUUGUCAAGAAGAGAGGUGACAUUGUCGUUGGAGGCACUAUUAACGGACCUCAUUUGCUCCAUAUGAGAGUCACUAGAGCAGGCAAGAAUUCUCAGUUGCACCAGAUUAUUGAUAUUGUUAAGGAGUCUCAGGUUAGUAAAGCACCUGUUCAAAGGUUUGCUGACUAUAUUGCUGCUCGUUUCGUUGCCGCUGUUUUGAUUCUUGCAGCAAUCACUUACUCCUUGUGGUUCAUUCUUUGUUCUUCCCUUCAUGAUGAUAAACUUCCCAAGGCAUUCGCCAAGGAGGAGAAUGGUAAGUACUUUGUCUGUUUGAAAUUAGCCAUUUCUGUCAUUGUUGUGGCAUGUCCAUGUGCUUUGGGUCUCGCUGCACCUACAGCUGUCAUGGUUGGUACUGGUGUUGGAGCCUCUCGUGGUGCACUCAUCAAGGGUGGUGAUAUCUUGGAGAAGGCCUGUGGUGUCAAUGUUAUCCUCUUUGAUAAAACAGGUACUUUGACAUCAGGCGAAAUGACUAUUGCCAAUUCCAAACCACUCACUGACGACGUUAACAUCACUCCAAGACAAUGGUGGACCUUGGUUGGAUCUGUGGAGAAGAACUCGGAGCAUCCUACUGGUAAAGCUAUUGUAGCUGGAGCCAAACAGAAAUUAGGACUCACAUUCGAAGAGGAUACUUUCAGCUCUACGAUCCAAGGCUUUGAGGUUUUGACCGGUUUGGGCGUGAGGGCCAAGGUGAAUCUCGACAACACAACCUAUGACGUCGUGAUUGGCAACAAGCGGUUAAUUGUGCGUGAUUUCCCAGAUGUGAGAGAACAACUUGCAGAUAUUUUGGAAAAUGACCUCAAGGACACGAUCUCAACCUGCGCACAUGUUGUCAUAAAUGGUAAGUAUAGCGGGUUUAUUGAACUCGUGGAUACGAUCAAAGAGGGUGCUCGCGAGGUCAUCGAUUACCUCAGAGAUGUGGAAAAUAUUCAAGUUGCCAUAGUUACUGGAGAUAGCAAAGAAGUUGCCGAAAGGAUCGGUGCGCAGUUGGGUGUGCCAAAGGGUAACAUUUUCAGUGAAGUUUCCCCAUUGGAAAAGGACAAGGUGGUUGUUGGUUUGAGAGAAAAGUUUGGAGGGCCAAAGAACAUCUCGAUCGCAUUCGUUGGUGAUGGUAUCAAUGAUGCUCCAGCAUUAGUCCAGGCAGACGUCGGAAUGGCCAUCAGCAGUGGAACUGAUAUUGCUAUAGACUCAGCCGAGAUCGUGUUGAUGGGUCUGAAAAACUCGAAGGUUAAUGAUUUGGCUGGUGUUAUAACUGCCUUAAAGGUAUCCGAAGCGACAUUCCGCAAAAUCAAGCUUAAUUUUGUUUUCGCCACGAUCUAUAAUUUUGUCAUGUUGCCGUUCGCCAUGGGAUGUUUUCUUCCCUUAAAUUUGAUGCUUCCUCCAGGGGCAGCUGCAGCUGCUAUGGCGUUCAGCUCGGUCAGUGUGGUGCUCAACUCGUUAAUGCUUCGCAAGUGGAAGCCGCCCGUUCUUACCAAUUUGGACAGCGAUUUCAAGCUAGAGGAAGCGGCAAUUGGAGAUCAGUUCACCCUUCAACAUUCCCUGCUUGAAGAUUUUAAUGCAAUUAAGAGAGGAAGCUAUACGGCGUCAUGGUUCCCCAAGAGAAUAUUUCAGCGUAUGAGAAGAAAGAUAAGGGCCAAAGCAACUCGUAUGAGAUGUUGCCUCGUACAAGCUGAAUCUGAAAAACGCCGUGAAGAAAAGGUAUAA